UAUAGCGGUAUACGGAUGUGUCAGAAUUCUUAAAGAAAAAAUAAUUUAUAUAAAGAAAAAUAUGAAAUAUUACCAUUGAUAUUAAGCAAAAGUUUUGCUUUAAGAAUAAUAUGACUAGCAUUUGUACGUAUUUAUUGUGAAUUAAGUACAUACAUAACCUAAAAUUAAUUUUUUGUACCUUUUUGGGAGUGCAUAUCCCUUGGAUUAAUUGAGAGAGAUCCAAAAAAAAGGAGGGUUAAGCCUGUAGGAUCAGCACAAUCUUUACUUGAUUUUGAUUUAGGUGAAAGCUCUGAUGACAGUGAUUUUAGAAUUGAAGAUCAUUGUGAAUCUGAUGAUGAUUCAGUGGAUUCUAAUGAUAUAGGAAAAGGAAGAAGAUGUGUCUGAGCAAUCUGAUGAUUCUUUGGAAGAUCCAUUACUAACUAAAAAAGAAAAUCCUAAUUUAACUGUAGGAGAUGUAAUUGAACAAGCUAGACAACAAGCAUUAAAAGGAAGUUCACUUGAAGAUAAAUUAAAUAAAAUGUUAAUUUGUUGUGGUUGCUUAGGAGAUAGAAGCGAUGAUGUUAAUGAAAUUGUUGAAUGUGAUGGAUGUGGUGUUAGUGUACAUGAAGGAUGUUAUGGUGUAUCUGAUGUAGAAAGCUUUUCAAGUACUGAUUCUUUAUGUCAGUCAGCACCAUGGUUCUGUGAAGCUUGCAGUGCAGGCAUUGAAGAUCCUUCUUGUGAACUUUGUCCUAAUAAAGGUGGAAUUUUUAAAGAGACUGAUGUAGGCAAAUGGGUACAUUUAGUAUGUGCACUUUAUGUACCUGGAGUUGCUUUUGGAGAAGUUGAUCGCUUAUCAAGUGUAACACUUUUUGAAAUGGCAUAUAGUAAGUGGGGAGCAAAACAAUGUUCUUUAUGCGAAGAUGCGCGCUUUGCUCGUACUGGUGUAUGUAUAGAAUGUGAUGCAGGAAUGUGUCAUACAUAUUUUCAUGUUACUUGUGCACAAAGAGAAGGUUUAUUAUCUGAAGCUCAUAGUGAAGAAGUUGAUCAAGCUGAUCCAUUUUAUGCACAUUGUAAACUUCAUUCCGAUAAAACACUUGUUCGUAGACGUAGACGUAAUUGGUUAGCUUUACAAUUACGAGCUCAAUAUCGACAACAAUUAUUAAAACAACCUAAUCAUUUAGAUACUGAAGAACAGCGUAGAAUCCAAAGAAAAUUAGCAAAACAUAGACAUAAAUAUUUAGCUCAUAAAGCUUCUAGGCCACCACCAUGGGUACCAACACAAAAAAUGCCUCGAUUAUUAACUACUUCAGCUUCUGCUUGUCGGCAACUAGCAAGAAAAGCUGAACUCAUGGGUGUUGAUACUGCUGCAUUAGAAGCUCAAGAAGCACAACUUGUAGCUUUAGUUGAUGUUAGAAAAAAGUGGCAUAUUCCUCCUGCUUUUAGCGUAGAAUUUAUCGGUUAUUAUUUGGAUCGCAAUUUACGAGUCACAUCUAUGAAAAGACGAUUACAAGAACUUCUUGAUAUUAAUUCUCAAUUACUUAAUGAACAACAAAGAUUAGAUAGAAGAUAUGAUGAAGUAAUGAAAGACAAUGAAGAACAGAUUCGAGUUAAUGUAACACUAAAAGAAAAAAUAGAAAUGUAUCACCAAGUGCUUAAGAGUGGUGGUUAUGUAAAAUCAUUACCACAAAUAACUGAUUUGGCAAAACCAAGAAUAGCACCAACUCUAGGUACAGGUUUAGGUGUCCCUACUGCAGCAGCUUUGAAAAUGGGUGUUGGUUUUCCUUUACCAGUUGGUAAAGGAACAGAAGGAGUACGUGAAGGUAGAGUUUUAAGCAGUCAAGCACAAGAUCAAAAUCAUAAAGGAGAAUUAACGUUAAGGCACCAAUGUGGAAUAUGUAGAAGAUCUACAAAUCAACAUUUACUUGCAAAAUGUGAUACCUGUCAUCUUCAUUACCAUUUAUCUUGUCUUAGUCCACCUUUAUCACGUAUGCCUAAGAAAACAAAACUUAUGGGAUGGCAAUGUUCUGAAUGUGAUAAAGAAUCUUCUGGAUCAGAAGUUGAACGUGUAGAUACUUCAGCUCCACGUAAAUUAAGACAUUGUAAAGACGAUUCAAAUCUAACAUCAACACCAACACCACCACAAGAAAUACAAGUACCUACGACGCCAACAACACCUAGUACAUCAAAAAAUUCUUCUACUAAUCUUAAUAAUAUAACGAAUGCUUCUACACCUGAUACACCUACAACACCAAAAGUAACUAUAAAACCAGUUGGACCACAACCUUUAUCUUCAACUCCUAUUCAAUCAAAUGAACCAGUGUACAAUCAACAACCUAUUAAUAAUAUGACAAUAACCAGGGAAGGUUCACCUGAAUAUAUGGUAGCUUCAGCAGAUGGUACAGAAUCUGUUUCACAAAGAAGUGCUAAAAAGAGAAGAAGAGAGAAACAUAAAAGAUAUACUCCUGAUCCAAUUACGGGUAUAAAGCAAAGAAAACGCAAACAUAAGAGAAAAAGUCUUGAUGUAGAAAAUCCUGAAGGACAAUCUCAACCAGAAAUUCAUAGGAGAAUUACAAUAAAAAUAAAACCAAUUCCAAGGCCAGAAGGAGAUGUAGCAUCAGAAUCAAGUCCACAAAUGUUUGUUGCCACAUCUACUAGUACAGAAAUUACAUCACCACCGCCACUUCCUAAAUUACCACCUCCAUCUGUUCCAUCUUUGACUUCAAAUACUACACCUGUAACAUCAAAUGCAUCUACUAAUAAUACAAGUAGAACAUCUACGGGAAACGGAAAAAGAGGAAAAGAUACAGACCUUUUAACACAAUGCAAUGUCUGUGAUAUGCCUGGCACCAGUCAAAAUCUCGUUAUGUGUGAUGAAUGUAAAAAAUGCUAUCAUUUCACCUGUCUUGAUCCACCAGUUAAAAAAUCACCUAAAAGAAGAGGCUAUUCAUGGCAUUGUGCUGACUGCGAUCCUAGUGCCUCUGAAUCUGAGACUUAAUAUCAACAAUUUUAUGUCUGCAGCUAUAAUUCUACGUUCAAAUAAAUUAAGACAUCAAAUGUCAUUGUUUUUUUGUAAAAUAUAUAGAAUAUAAUUAAUAUUUUUCCUCUAA